AAUGGAAGUAGAAGUACCUGGUGGAUCAGAAGCUGCCGAUACUGGAAGUGAAGCGAGUUAUAAAGUGUCACAAGUAGAGAUUGAAGAUGUUGAAGAGAAUUUGAAAAAUGCUGAUGUGAUAUUUGAACAUCUUGAGCAACUUCCAUUUCAGGUGUUUAUUCUGAGCGAAUUUGGAAAACCGAUUUUUGUAAACAACGAUCGAAAUGAGGGUGAAAUCGUCAGUUUGGUGGCUCUAAUUUGUGCAUUUGUGAGCCGAUGCCAAUCUUGGGGUGAUAGUUUGAUGACGAUGACGUCACAGGAUAAUCACAUUCAAUUUUUACACAAAUCACCGCUUAUUUUCUGCGUUGUCUCAAAAUACCCGGAGCAACUGGAUCAACAACUGGAAGUCCUUUUUGAGCAGAUUUGUUCGAUUCUUUCCAAAAGUCAAUUGGAAAAUGUAUACAAGAAAAAGGGUGACAAUUACGAUCUUCGAAAACUUCUUCGUGGAACCGAUCGUUUAAUUGAUUCAUCGAUUUCUUCGUGGAGAGCCUCCCCGAUCAAUCUUGUCGAUUCUUCGAUUUCGGCAAUUCCAAUGAAUCCAUCAGAUCGGGAAUUUCUAUCAACAACGAUGGCUUCAUGUCUUGGAGCAGCGAAAUUAGAUGGUGCUCUUUUCGGAAUAAUGAUUGCGAGAAGGCAAAUCGCAGCGAUGGUUAGAUUUAAGAAAUAUAUGAUUCAUCCUCGUGAUUUGAACAUUGUCAUCAACCUUGUCUCUGAUAAUACUCUACAAACAGACUCCCAGAAUUGGGUUCCAAUCUGUCUGCCACGGUUCAAUGACACAGGAUUUUUCUACGCCUACAUAUCGUAUCCAUGGUGCAAUAAAGAGCAAGAUAUUCCUGUGUGCAUUGUGCUUCUUUCGGUGAAACGAGAUCAUUUCGAUGGGCUCAAGGAAGUUCGACAACAAAUUGUGACGAAGUUGGAAAAUAAUCAAAAGUUCUUUGUUAACUUUGCACAGGCGAUGAAGACGCCGAAUCUUUAUCAAAUAUCACAAAUCGGAUCGAAUUCCGAAUCGCUUUGGUCGUUUUUGUAUUUAAAUCAUUCUUCAAAGCAAGUCUGUAUGUCAGCCUCAAAAAUUCCCCUAAUAACACGUGACGAACGAUGGAUUGCUCGUUCAGAAAUGCGUCGAUCUUCAUCAUUAUCAUCUCUCCAUCCACAUCUUCGAACUCUUUUCGUACGUGGCACCAAACAUUGUCUUUUUGUUUGGGUCACUGAUCUCUUUUCACUUUACUGCAUAUUCGGACCAUUUGUCACCGCAACAAUCGCAUUCCAAGUCGUCGAAAAGCUUCUGAAAUCGCUGAAAUCUCACGAACAACGAUAUUUUAUCAUUAAUUCAACAUCCUUUUAAUUUUCAACUGUUUGUAAAAAUUGUGAUACUUAAAACGUUUACGUGUUUUCUAACCACAGAUUUUAAUUUGCCAAUAUAUUUUUACUGCCCUUCAAAUUGCCAAAAAAGAUCAAGUAGAAAUUAAUAAAGCGAACCUCUCAUUC